UCUGACAGUUGACACUUGACAGCCACGAAAAGUUGAUAAUGAAAAGUUGCGAUAAGAGAACAAUUUUACCUGAAGAAAAUAAUUAACUUGCUUAAACUAAUAUGUUAACAUACGACAACAAAAUUAUUCUGGCACCAAUGGUGCGCAUUGGAACUUUGCCCAUGAGGCUUUUGGCGCUAAGAUAUGGUGCCGAUAUUGUUUAUACAGAGGAAUUAAUAGAUUGGAAGUUUUUGCGCUCAAAGCGAAGAUGUAAUGAUAUUUUAAAAACUGUUGACUACAUAGACCAAUCAGAUGGCACUGUUGUAUUCCGCACAUGUCAUGAAGAGAAGGACAAAGUAGUACUACAGCUUGGAACUUGUGAUGCUGAACGAGCCCUGAAAGUUGCCAAAAUGGUAGAAAAUGAUGUUGCCGCUAUUGACAUCAACAUGGGAUGUCCAAAAGAAUUUUCUAUAAAAGGUGGAAUGGGUGUUGCUCUUUUAGAGCAAACUGAUAAAGCAUAUGACAUAUUAAAAACAUUGGUAAAUAAUCUCUCUAUACCAGUUACUUGUAAAAUUAGAAUAUUUCAAACUCCUGAAGAAACUUAUAGUGUGGUAGAAAAACUUGUUAGUUCUGGAAUUAAGGCAAUUGCGAUCCACGGUAGGACACGGAACGAGCGUCCACAGCAUGCAGUACAUACUGAUGUUAUUCAAUACAUUGCUGAUAAAAUAUCCAUACCUGUUAUUGCAAAUGGAGGGUCUAAAGAAAUAGAAAAGUACACAGACAUUUUAAAAUUUAAGGAAAUGACAGGUUGCACAAGUGUAAUGCUUGCACGGGCAGCUGAAUGGAACUGCUCCAUAUUUAGAAAAGAAGGUCUAUUGCCCAUGGAUACUGUUAUUAAAGAAUAUCUUAAACUUGCAGUUGAUUAUGAUAAUUCACCCUCAAAUACAAAAUAUUGUGUGCAAAAUAUAUUAAGAGAUUUACAAGAGACACCGAGAGGUCGGAAGUUCUUAGAAUGUCAAACUAUGGAUCAGAUUUGUGCUAUUUGGGACUUGGAAGAAUAUUGUCAGGAAAAACAAUCGAACUAUCAAAAGAUGGGAAUACAAGGUAGAUGGCAAGUUACCCCCAAUGAAUUGGAGCCUCCAUACAAAAAACAAAAGUCAGAUGUACUAUGUUUAGACGAUGUAACUCAAAUGAAGGUAUGUUUUAUUCGUGCUAACUUUACCGAUCUCAAUCUGCCUAAAUCACAGUUACAUGCUUGGGCUGGCAAAAUCUCCUUAAAGUUACCAGUAUAUGAGACACAACAAAUUGAAAAGCUAUUUCGUACAAUAAUCACAUUUAAUGGUAAAAAGUACACAUCGACAUUUUGGGAGAAAAAUAAGAAGUUUGCAGAACAAGGAGCGGCUCUUGUUUGUUUAUACCACAUUGGGUUACUUACUGAAGAAGAUUUGAUCAAGUUUGGUAGUAUAAUAAAAUAAAAAUAAAGAUUGACAUUUUACUUCUCCCAACAAACCUAAUUAUGGCAUCAUGUUCCAGUCCUGAGUUUGGCCAGAUUCUCCGAAAGUUUCACGCUUAACUCAUCUAAUUUUGAAAUUAUCUCUUCAUGUUUUAAAACAUCAGCUUUCAAUGAUUUAAAAUAAUUAAAACAUGUGUAUGCCUCUUGUAAAGUUUUAUCGGCUUCUGUGAAUUUCAACGGUUGAUCAUGUUUUA